CAGUGAAAGAGGAGCAUGCUAGAUCCCAGAGUGCCGGAGAUACAUUUUUGUUAUCUGUCUUUGUCUUUCAGGUAUACAUAUGGACAGCCUGUGCCAGGCAAUGUAAAAAUUGAGUUGUUCCGACCAUUGAAGCGCAAGAGAUACGGGAUCCUUACAUCUCCAGACAGGGCCAUUGAGACAACACCCCUUCCCUACAUUGAGAUACAACAGGCGGACAAGUCAGGAUGUUCAACUUUUGUUAUCAAGAUGUCCACUUUCACAGAACCUGAGGGGAUAUACCUACAUGACUCUCUGCACCUGACAGCCAGUGUGGAGGAGGAAGGAACAGGUAUCUCACACCAAAGUCAGAAGAGGUUGGAGAUCACCUAUGUUAUUGGAAAGUUUAUCUUUAUGGACACACCCAAGGUUUACGAGAAGGGAUCUGUCGUGGAGGGAAAAGUCAAAGCGGUACGUCACGAUGGUACACCCAUCACUAACAUGCUGGUGUAUCUGCUAGAGGGGGGUAGGUGGUCAGCUCGUCUGCUGCAGAAUGUCACAACUGACAGUGAAGGCAUCGCCAAUUUCUCCAUUAGCACAGCCGAGAAAAACAGAGACAUCCGGCUCACGGCAAGCAGCAACCCCCAUAAUAAACAUGCAGGCCGUCUGACUCCGUUCUAUCAAACUGGAGAACACACAGUGUCACAGAUCCAACCUUUAACUCAAGAUACUAAAACGAUCAGCUCCCUGGAGGUGCAGAAGAAGGAUAAAACACUCGCCUGCGACACAGAGGAAGACAUCCACAUCAAGUUUUUUGUAGUCGGGGAAGCUCAGGGCAAAGCAGAUGUGAUGUAUCUGGUCUUAUCCAGAGGAGCCAUCGUGAUGCAAGGAUCCAAACAGAUUGAAGUCCAGGAUAAACCAAUGACCGAGGGCCAGAUGUCCUUUAAGCUGAGAGUGCCUCCAGAGAUAUCCCCAGUCGUCCAGGUGGUGGCGUACGCCGUCCUCCCCAGUGAGAGGGUGAUCGCCCACAGUGCUGAGUUCACCACCGAGAAAUGCUUCAGUCACAAGGUGUCUCUGGAGUUUUCUCCGUCCUCAGCUGUCCCAGGGGAGGAAAACACCCUGCAGGUGACCGCCCAUCCUGACUCUCUGUGUGGUCUGAGCGCUGUGGACCAGAGCGUCCUUAUCAAGGAGCCGGGGAAAACUCUGAACGUCAACAAGAUAUUCGAUCUGUUGCCUGUGACAAAAUCAACUUUUAUUCCAAGUCAAGCUGAAGACUCUUUGAAAUGCAUACAGAGAUCAAAAAGAACCGUUAUCGAGGAUUAUGAGGACGACCAGUACCUCCGACCCUACGCCACAGAUGAUACUUAUAGUGUUUUCCUGAAUGUAGGACUGAAGAUGGCAACCAAUUUGUUAAGUACAAUGCCUUCGUGCAUUAGAGAAAUGGAAUACCACUACGAUGAUAUGGUUUUUGAAGGCGACAAGUUUGUGUUCACUAAAUCAAUGGACUCGUUGGAGGAUCAUGUUCAGUAUGCAAAGGUUCCUAAUAAAGAGAUAGAGGCUGCCCCUGUGGAGACAGUCCGCAGUUUUUUCCCUGAGACUUGGAUAUGGGACCUGGUGGAAGUUGGAGCAUCUGGAACAAAAGUCGUGCCCCUCACCGUCCCCGACACCAUCACCACCUGGGAGACGGAGGCUUUCUGUUUGUCCCCUCAAGGUUUCGGCUUGGCUCCUCGUAAAGAGCUCACCGUCUUCCAGCCCUUCUUCCUCGAGCUCAGCCUGCCGUACUCCAUCAUCCGAGGGGAGAACUUUGAGCUGAAGGCGACUGUCUUCAAUUACCUGUCCAGCUGCAUCGUGGUCACUGUGACUCCAACUCCCUCCUUGGAUUACACCCUCACCCCUCUCUCUGGUGACCAGUAUACAUCCUGUUUGUGUGGCAACGAGCGCAAGACCCUCAGCUGGAUCAUGGCCCCCGCAGCCUUAGGGGAUGUAAACGUGACUAUGACCGCUGAAGCUGUGGCGUCCCACGCUUCAUGCAACAAUGAGAUUGUGAACGUCCCAGAGAGAGGUCGUAUCGACAUGGUCACAAAAUCUCUCAUAGUGAAGGCUGAAGGAACCGAGGUGACAAAGACCCACAACUGGCUGCUCUGUCCUAAAGAUGAAUCUUUGACGGAGGAAAUAGACAUACAGCUUCCUGAUAACGUGAUUGAUGGAUCUGCUCGUGCUCUUGUUUCAGUCCUGGGUGACAUCCUGGGCCGAGCUCUGAAGAACCUGGAUGGGCUGCUGCAGAUGCCGUAUGGCUGUGGCGAACAGAACAUGGCGCUCCUGGCCCCCAACAUCUACAUCCUCCAAUACCUGAAAAACACCCAGCAACUGACCCCCAAAAUCAUGGAUAAGGCGGCCAAAUUCCUGACCAGUGGCUACCAGAGACAGCUGAACUACAAACAUGCUGGAGGUGCUUACAGCACGUUUGGAACGGGGACGGGGAACACCUGGCUGACAGCUUUCGUGGUGAGAUCCUUUGCCAAAGCACAGUCCUUCGUCUUCAUCGACCCAGGAAAGAUUCAAGAGUCAAAGUCCUGGCUGGAGAGCAAGCAGCGGAAACAAGGCUGUUUUGAAAAGUCGGGAAAACUUUUCAACAACAGAAUGAAGGGCGGUGUGUCCGAUGAAGUGACUCUCACUGCGUACAUCAUUGCUGGCUUCCUGGAGAUGAACUCGUCUGUUAGUAAUCCUGUGGUGAGCAAAGGCCUGUCCUGCCUCAAGGCUUCCUUGGGUGACCUCAGCAACACCUACGCCACAGCGCUGAUGGCGUACGUCUUCACCCUGGCUGGAGACAUGGAGACCCGAGGCCAGCUCCUCAGGCACCUUGACAUAGUAGCAAUACGCACAGGAGGUUUCCUCCACUGGUCUCAGACAGCGACAGACACCUCCAGCUCUCUGUCUGUGGAGAUCAGCUCUUAUGUGCUGCUGUCCAUACUCAGUGUCUCUCCUUCUACUGAAGAACUGGGAUACUCCACCAGCAUCGUCAGAUGGCUGACCACCCAGCAGAACUAUUACGGAGGAUUCUCCUCCACACAGGACACAGUGGUGGCUCUGCAGGCUCUGGCUCUCUACUCCACUCAUGUGUUCAGUCCAGAAGGUUCAAGCACCGUUGUGGUCCGGUCUUCUACCGGUCAGCUGGUGUUUGACGUAAACCAGGACAACAAGCUGCUCUACCAGGAGGAGCUGCUGAAGGAUGGGACAGGAAAGUACAGCCUGGAGGUGAAGGGAACUUCCUGUACUUCCAUUCAGAUUUCUCUUCACUACAACAUCCCAACUCCUACUGAUGGCACCAAGCUCAGGGUGGAGGUCCAACCAGAGGCCGACUGUGGAGGCACUUCUAGCAGACGUAGGCUUACUCUUAAGACCAAGACCCUAUACUUUGGUGAGGAGCCGACUACGAACAUGGUGAUCCUGGACCUCAAAAUGCUCUCUGGAUUUGUCCCAAACCCUGAGUCUCUGAAGAAGCUCAAAGGCGCCCUGCUGGUGGAUCGUGUUGAACAGAACAAAGACCAUGUUUUGGUGUACCUUAAUGAGUUGCCAAAGGACACAGCCAUCAAUCACGAGUUAGAGCUCAUCCAGGAGAUCCAAGUGCAGAACCUGAAGCCAGCUGUGGUCAACAUCUAUGACUACUACCAGCCAAAUGACCAGGCUGAGACUCAGUACACCUACCCCUGUGUUGCAGGUUGAACACCUGUGUUGUCUUGAUGGUCCCAGAAAGAUCCUAAAUAAAGCUCCAUUUCUUUGAAAGUCAUCA